UAGCCGAUAUUCGACAGUCUCGGGCAAGAUGGCGACCUCCCAGAAGUUAACAGAACAUUUUCUGACAUGCACGAUAUGUACAGAGGUGUUUGAGAAUCCGUGCACCCUUGUCUGUUAUCACACAUUCUGUCGGAAAUGUGCCAUCAACUACACCAAAACCAGACCAGAAGCCCUCAGUGCCAAGUCUCUCAUGUGCCCAUUCUGCAAAAUGAUGACGAAAGUGUCUGCCCCUGAGAAACCAGUUGAGGAGUGGGCGGAUGACGUCAAGCCUAGCUUUGUCAUCCAGGGACUCUUGGACUCGUUUGGCCCUGGAUCUAAAGAUACAACAAACUGCAAGUGUUGUCGAGAGGAAGGGGAGACAAUCCCAGCCACAGCGUGGUGUUCUGUCUGUGACGAUGUUCUGUGUGACGAGUGUACGAGAAAGCACAACAGCACUCCAGCUACCUGUCACCAUGACGUCACUGCCUUUACGGGAAAGGUCAGAGACACCAGCAGCCGCAAGGUCAUGUGUAAAGUACACAAAGACGAAACUAUCAAAUUUCUGUGUAGAGACUGCAAGAAAGCAGUUUGUCAACUAUGCUGCACUCUGUACCACGACAAAUGUGACUCGGUUGUCGUCCUUGAGUCAGAUGCAGAGAUGCUGUUAAUGAAAGAGGAACUCACAAACACAAAGGGGAAUUUGCACAGGAGAAAGGCAGACAUGCAAGCAGAGAUUGAGAAAAAGAAAUCAAAGAUGAAUGAAGAAUUAGCCUAUUACGUACAAAUGGAGUGUGGCAUCAAGUCUGCAAGUGACAGAGCUAUAGAAGAGAUCAAGCAGAAGGAGGAGACACUUCUCAACAAACUGAAGGCGAUGUCAGACAGACAUAUCAGCCAGCUGAAAGCAGACAUUAAGUCCGACGAAAUGUCAGUACAGAUGUACCAGCAACAGGCUGAGCUGAUAGACCAGACUCUACAAUCUAAGUGUGAUAUGGACGUGUAUGAGAUGUAUCAAGGAUGUGAGGCCGGUGAUGUGGAUGCUGUUAAAGAUGCGGGUUUGAAGAUACGCGGACGAAUAGCCAAGAUCAUUCUCAGACAAGACAUGAACAAACUGAGUAGAGCACUGGACGAUCUACAGCUGGGUGACAUAGACGUGCUGUAUGAGAGUGUACUGGAUCUGAAAUUUACACCAGUGUUACAGGACACAGUUAAAGUUCGAGUACCUAGUGAUAAUGAUAAUGCUUACCCCGCUGACGUGACGGUUCUGAUGGUGAAAGGAACGGACACCAUGGUAGUUACAGACAACAACAACAUGAGCGUGAAGUCCUUCUACACCAGGAACAAAAAACAGGGUCACAGCAAGCUCAGUCUGGGAAGAAAACCAUGGGGCAUUACAAGGCUGAAACACAACCAGGUGGCUGUCACUGUGCCGGAAGCCUGGCUGAUUGUAACAGUUGAAGUCAACCCAGAUCUUGAGCUGCUGUCGACCAUCACAACCAGCAAACAGUACUGGGGUAUAACGUCUCUGACACCAUCAACACUAGCAGCAAGUUCCCAGUCACCUCCUUGUGUUGAUGUCCUGGAUAUGUCGGGACACGUGAUGAGGUCAAUCUGUCCAUUACACUAUGGCAACAGCAUCUUAAGAUACCCCAACUUCCUCUGUACCAAUGGGACAGGAAACAUCCUGGUGUCUGACAGUGGAACUGCUUGUGUCCUCUGUGUGACACCUAAGGGAGAGGUGGUGUUCACCUACUGCCCUACUGAUGACACAGCACCCAGAGUGCCACGUGGCAUCACGAGUGCCGGAACUGGUGACAUCCUGGUGUCGUACGACUCUCUAGACAGGGUCAUCCAUCUGACUAAGUCAGGACAGUUUGUCCGGAACACACUGACCUCUCGGGACGGUGUGUGGUAUCCUUACGGGUUGUGUAUAUCUGACCAUCUGCUGUACGUUUGCCACGUCAUGACACGCGAGAUCAGGGUGUUUAAGUUUUUAAGAUGAUUUCACGAAAAUGUCAGCGGGUGACUUCAGUUUUACGCCGCAGUAUUCCAGCAAUAUCAC